AUGAACGCACGGCAGUGGACGGUUUAUAAAUGGAAAGGCGAGAUCGAAUGGACUACACCUGACGAAAUAGCUUAUAAUGCCUAUACACGUUUUGAAUUUGAUAAAGAAGCUUCUGGAAUUUAUUCUGAUGAAACUGUGGUGACAAUUUUAAACUCUAUGUACUAUAGUGUACUCUUGAAGAUUGAAGAAACACAACCUGAAGCUAUGUCCUUAAUAGAACCAGCGCUGCCGUCUAUUUUUGGCGAAAACGAUGGAAUGUUUACCAAAGUCAAAGUAAAAGACUACCUUUUUGAAGGAUUAAAAUUUUGUGAAAAUGAAGGAAAAAGUAGUGGCUUUGCAGCUGUUAUGUUCUGUAAACAGGUGAUUGGGAAACUUUCAGAAUCUAAAAAUUUGAGACUGGAGAAUAAAACGGUGUUAUUUGCCAAUCUUUAUUACGUAUUGAAUAAUGAUUGUGGAUUUACAGAUCUCUUCGACAGAGUUACAACAAUAAGAUCUUCUAUUUUUAAGAUUAGUUAUGAACUGCAACAUCUGUGCCAAAACACAUUGCAUCCUUAUAAAUGUUUAUUAGCCAGAAAAAUUCAAGUAUUUAAUUUUUAA